AUGAUUUUUAAAUUCUUCUUUUUAGUUGCCUAUUUUGCUUUCUCGGCAGAGGCUUCCAUUUUGUCACCACCAUACCCACAAACAUCGACCGAUCAAUCUAAUGUGUUGCGGUACUUGAAUGGGGGACCGUUUGUGGAAAAUACUGGGUUUGGUUUACCUCUUGACCCUCCAUACGGCUGCAAGAUAGAGCAGGUUCAGCUAUUCAUGAGACACGGAGAAAGAUAUCCUACUAAGAGUGCCGGAAAAACUUUUGAAACGCUAUAUCAGAAGUUGAAGAACGACACCGUCACGUCGUACUCGGGUCCGCUGGCUUUUGUGAAGGACCUAGAGUACUUUGUCAACGAUCCGGAAAAUUACGAAAUGGAAUCUACUAAAGGAGUUUACUCUGGCCUUCUAGAGGCGUACCGGUUGGGAGCUUUCUUUAGAGAAAGGUACGAAUCCCUACUUGAUUCUAGCAGCGUUGUUCCAAUAUUUGCGGCAAGUCAACAAAGAGUUGUCGAUACUGCACGCUCCUUCGAAAAAGGUUUAUUUUUGGAUCAAUACAAUUCGUCCUGUUCCAUACAGAUAAUCAACGAGGUUGGAAAAAUGAACGGCGCCAAUACCCUUACCCCAAUAACCAAUUGUCUCAGCUACAACACAUCUCUGUAUCAACAUACAUUUGGGGAAAACAUAUACCAGGCAGAGGCGGAACGGUUAAAUGCUCUAUCUCCGGGGUUCAAUAUCACACCAGAUGACAUUUUUACAAUGGGUGCUUACUGUGGAUAUGAGCUUAAUGUGAAAGGUAAAUCGGAUAUGUGCCAGGCAUUAUCCAUGGAUGCUUUCCAAGCUUUACAAUACCAAGAUGAUCUUCAAAAAUUUUAUCAAUUCGGACCUGGCCACAACAUGAGUGCCGUCAGUGGUGGACUUUUAGCAAACGCUUCUGCUCAGCUUUUGCAAGAAGACAGAAAAGUUGUUUUCUCUUUCAUGCACGAUAACGAUCUUCUGACCUAUUUCACUGCUUUGGGUCUGCCAACUGAUACCGAACUGAGUACAGAAGAAAUUGAGUUCCAUAGAAGCUUCAAGACCUCUGAGUUCAUUCCACAAGGCGCACGACUGAUUAUUGAGAAACUCAAUUGCUCGGAUUCCGAAAAUGUUCGUUUUAUUGUCAACGAUAAAGUUUAUCCUUUACCUGGAUGCUCAUCGGGUCCAGGCUUCACUUGUCCAUUGGAGGAAACUAUUGAAUUACUCACUCCCGAACACGAAUACGCAGAAGCUUGCGGCUUACCUGAUGACCGCCCUCAUAAGCUAACAUUCUACUGGGACUGGGAGCCAACGUUUACAGAUAAUUGAAC